AUAAGCACUUGGAAGAAGGGAUUUUGAAGCACAUCCGGAUUUAAAAGAAAUUGGUGAGGAAAUAGUAAAGAAAUGUAAGGGCUUGCUUUUGGCUGCAAAGACGCUUGGAGGCCUCUUACGCACUAAAUUGGACCGGAAGAAGUGGGAAGAUAUAUUGAAUAGCAAGAUAUGGGAGCUACCACCUGAAAGAAGUAAUAUUCUUCCGGCUCUUAGAUUGAGCUACCAUCAUCUCCCUUCCCACUUAAAGCAAUGCUUUGCUUAUUGCUCAAUAUUUCCAAAAGACUACGAAUUUGACAAAGACGAGCUGAUUUUGUUGCGGAUGGCAGAAGGUCUUUUGCAGCUAAAAAAAGGUAAGACGUGGAUAAAGAUUUUGGCAACUAAUGUUUUGAUGAUCUACUAUCAAGGUCAUUUUUCCAGCAAUCAAGAGGUAAUAAGACGAGAUUUGUGAUGCAUGACCUUGUGAAUGAUCUGGCUCAAUUCAUUGCUGGGGAAAUAUGUUUCAGGUUAGUGGAUAAUUUUGAUGGUAAUGAGCAAUUUAGGGUUUCUAAACGGACUCGAUACUUGUCUUACACUCGUCAACAAUACGAAGUCUUCCAAAAGUUUGAGAGUCUCUAUGAAGUUCAAAGUUUGCGUACUUUCUUAUCAUUACCCAUUCACAAAGUGUCUAGCUGGCCAACAUAUCACUACUUGAGCAACAGGGUCUUGUUCGAUUUAUUGCCUAAACUACAUGGCUUAAGGGUAUUGUCUUUGUCUGGUUAUGGAAUAAGCGAGCUACCAAAUUCGAUUUGCAACUUCAAGCAUUUAAAAUACCUCAAUUUCUCUUAUACUUUAAUCCAACGGUUACCUGAAUCAUUGGGUACUUUGUACAAUUUGCAAACAUUGUCAUUGCGUAACUGCAAAUCUCUUUGUAUGUUGCCCUUGAGUAUUGUAAAUUUAGUUAACCUGCGUCAUCUUGACAAUGCCAACACUGAUCGAUUACAAGAGAUGACUAUGGGAAUUGGUAGAUUGAUAAAUUUGCAGACAUUGUCAAAGAUUAUUGUGGGAAAAGGCAAUAGGUCAAGACUAAUGGAGUUGAAACACCUGAUGCAUCUUCACGGGGCGCUUUCUAUUGUGAAGUUAGAAAAUGUAAUGGAUGUUCGAGAAGCAAUGGAGGCCAAUUUAAUAGGUAUGCAGAAUCUUGAUGAAUUAUAGUUGGUAUGGAGUGAAGACUUUGACGACCCUAGAAAUGAAAAUAUUGAAAUGGAUGUAUUCAACAUGCUAAAACCACACAGAAACCUAAAAGUGCUCCAAGUUAAGUUCUCCAGGGGCACGAGUUUUCCAAGUUGGAUAGGAGAUCCGUCACUCUCUAGAAUGGUGAAUCUAAGUCUAAGUGGUUGUACAAAAUGCCAAUAUUUACGACCACUCGGACAACUACCCUUUCUCAAAGACCUAUUCAUUGGAGGCAUGCAAAGUGUCAGAAGUGUUGGGGCCGAGUUCUGCAAAUACGAUUGUGGAUUAGAAUUUCCAGUUUUUCGAUCACUGGAGAGACUAACUUUUGUAGAGAUGCCGGAAUGGGAGGAAUGGUGUUUCUUAAAUAAUAGCGUUGAAGAAGCUACAUGACAAUUCCCUCGCCUUCAAGUGCUUACCAUACGUAAAUGUCCUAGGUUGAUCAGGGUUUCACUUUUAAGGCAUCCUUCACUUUGCGAACUGCACUUGCAAGAAUGUGAUGAGAUGGUGCUAAACAGUUUGACUGAUAUGAUCUCACUAACCAUCCUGAAAGUCAAGAGUGUUACAGGACUAUCUAGACUCCCGAAGGAACUCAUGCAGUUUUUGGUUGUACUUAAAGAACUAGAAUUUAGAAAAUGUGAGCAAGCGGUUACUUUGUGGGAGAAUGGUUUUACAUUGGGUGAAGAAGAUACAUUGCCGGUACCUUUUUAUAAACUUGAAAGUUGGAAAAUAAGUGAGUGCCAAUCUAGAGAAGUUACCGAAUGGGUUGAACAAUCUACCGUCUCUUAAGUGGUUGGAUGUGAGUGGGUGUCCAAAACUUGUGCUCUUUUCAGAAAAAGGUGUCCCACCCAUGCUUAAAAGGCUUUGGCUGACAGAGUGCGAGGGCUUGAAGUCCCUCCUGGACCGUCAUCUCUCAUCUUGAAGAUUUAAGGGUCGAAAAUUGUUCAUCUCUGAGGUCGUGGCCAACAGACAAGUUUCCCACCACACUCAGGUGAAUAAGAAUUGCUGAUUGUAUGCAAUUGGAGUGGGUUUCAGAGGCGAUGGUACAUGAGAACAGUAGUAGUAGUAGUAUGUCUUCACUUGAAGAAAUAUACGUAGAUAAUUUGCCAAAUGUGGGAGGGUUGGUUGGGUACCUGAACCAUUUUGCAAAUCUUCUUAGACUAUGGAUAUGGAACUGCGAUAGUUUGGAGUACUUCCCAGAAAGAGGUUUAUCCAUUCCCAACCUGAGAAGUCUUUUUUAUCAGGAAUUGCGUGAAUCUGAGGUCGCUGCCACCAUUCGAUCAGAUUCAAAGCCUCAGAUUCCUUCAUUUAAUUGGUUGUCCAAAUGUUGAGUUGUUUCGCAAUGGGAAUUUGUCCCCAAAACUUGUUUCAAUUUCAAUUGAUGCUGAUUACAGGAUGCCCGUCAGAGUGGGGCCUGCACAGACUCACCUCUCUUGAAAAUUUCCGCAUCAUUGGUGGAUUUUCAGAGAUGGUUUGCUUUCCUAAUGAUGAAGAAGUAGAAGAAGGGUUUUGUGUGUUUCCUGCAAGUGUAACCCUCUUAGAGAUCGGCGAUCUCCGGAAUCUUGAAUCCAUAUCAUUCAAGCGGCUCCGGAACCUCACCUCUCUUCAACAUCUACAUUUCUACUACUGCCCUAUGCUUCGGUCCUUGCCUAAGGAGGGGCUGCCUUCCAUGCUUCAAUCUUUGUAUAUAAAGGAAUGUCCAAAUCUAAAAGAAAGGUGUAUGAAGGACAGAGGAGAUUACUGGCCAAUGAUUGCCGACAUCCCAUGCAUGAAGAUUGAUGAAGAAAGUUGAGAGUGAUUCCCCUAAUACUCAUAUCAGAUAAAGAACAAAAGAAGGUGACUGUGAGGAGCAGUGUUGAUCCAGCCAUAAAAUAUGCAGAGCUACGGAGAGCUCAAAAAACUCCAAAGUUGGAGAGAGCUGUAAACCUCUUGGGGUUGCAUCAGAAGCUACACUUGAGAGUAUUGAGGACCAACCGCUUUAUUAUUCCCCAUCUUUUUAAAUGGGCCCUGUAGUUCCUUAUUAAUCUUAAUUAUCAUUCCUAUAUUAACUUCAUUACUCUCCACUUGAGAAACUUAACUUUCCACUUCUCUGAGAAUGGAACUGAUGAAUUGAAAGGACGGAGUAGUUUGGCUCUCCCCCUGUGUAUCAAAAUCCCCCCUCCUCUCUCUCUGUCACACAACACACACACUCCAUGAGACAACCACAGUAUCUUAGCCUUUUCAUUUCAAAUGGAAACUCGGUUCCAUGAUAUUUCUCAAGUCCAAUAAAAAUUUCAGGUUAUUGAACAUUGCACAGGAGGUAUGACCGCUGUGUAUUACCGUGCUGGCCCUUAUGGCCAUAUGGUAUCAUGCUAGCACAUUGAGAAUGUUAAUUUGGUCCAAAGGAGUUAUGGAAGGGAAAGACAUCGUCCAUGGCGGAGGUUAGUUUCUUGUCAGUAUGGGGAAGAGGCUGGAGGUUGGUCUACUCGUCCGGUUACCCUGACGGGAGUAGUCGGUAUGUGGAAGGCUAUUCAGAAGGGAUGGGAUGUUUUUUCAGCUCAUAUCAGAUUUAAACUUCGUGACGGUCGUUGUAUAAGGUUUUGGGAAGAUCUCUGGUGUGGGGAACAACCACUAUCUUGUGCAUUUCCCAGCUUAUUUAGUAUUGCUGUUGAUAAACACGCCUACGUAGUUGACUGUUAUCGGCUUGAUAGCAGCGAGAUUAUAUGGGAUGUGCUUUUUCGACGCUCUUUUCAGGAUUGGGAGAUGGACGAGGUAUGUGCUUUUCUGGAUCUUCUGUAUCGGCAGGAGGGCGUAGGCGGUGGUAAUGAUGUUUUAUUAUGGGCUCCUUCUUCCCAUGGUCGCUUUGAAGUUAGAUCAUUGUUCUUAUGUUUGUCAAAUUUUGCUAAUCGUGAUUUCCUGUGGAAAACUAUUUGGCGAUCUAUGGCUCCAACUAGAGUGGCUUUCUUUGUUUGGACUGCAGUGUGGGGAAAGAUUCUGACAAUUGAUAAUUUAAGAAGAAGGGGCAAUUGUACUGUUAAUCGAUGUUGUCUAUACAAGGAUGAUGAGGAGUCCGUUGAUCACCUCCUUUUGCAUUGCCCUGUGGCGAACGACUGUUGGAAUCUCAUUAUUGGGUUGUUUGGCAUGUGUUGGGUUAUGCCACGUUCUACUAAGGAAUUAAUUCAUGUCUGGAGAGGCUAUCGAGUGAGAAGAGACGUUCGUGAAUUCUGGAGAAUUGUGCCACAUUGUGUAUGGUGGUGUAUUUGGAAGGAGAGAAAUAAUAGGAUGUUCGAAGGGAAUGAGACGCCUACGGCUGUGGUCAAACUUUACAUUCUUCGUUCUCUUUUCAAUUAUGUGAAGAGGAGCUUUUGUUCUUCUUCUGAUGAUUUAAUUACUUUCUUGUAUUCUUUGGGGCCUUAGCCCAGGUUCCUUUUUUGUAAUUGGGACACGUUCCCCUUUUGAACACCUUUUUUAAUGUUAUUUUUACUUAUCAAAAAAUAAAUUAUGUUC